GUCAGAGCAUCGAUAUGAUUGAUGCGGGUGGAGAAUCGUUCAUAAAAACAUACUUUGUUGGCAAAAGUAGUUUUAGAACUAUUUUUUACCCUCUUUAAAACAUUUUAAAGUUAUCUCAUUGAGAUCUGUUCAAAUUACUCGGUUAAAUCGAAAAGUUGGAGCCUUCGGGUGUGCAAUUGUGCCAUAAAUGAAACUAGUGCAUUAUGGAUGGUAAAUUUUUACUACACACUAGCUGAAGAGAACGUUUUUGUCUUUACCAGGGCGGAAACAUGAAAGUUUACAGAUGCUUGGCCGUGCUCGUGCUGACUUCCUUCGUUCUAAUAUGGUAUUAUAUUUUACGAGUCAACAAUGAGUUCUUCAGUGGUCUGGAAUCUGAAGUGAAUUCAAGCUUCUCUGGAAACAGCUUUAGGUUGAGAAGUGUUCCACACCCUGUUGUCAAUGGAACGGAAAUAGUAAUAGUAGUAGUGGCCUGCGGGGAGCGACAUAAUGAAGCACUGAAUAUGAUUAAGUCAGCACUCAUGUUUAACAGAAAUCAGUUCCCGAUAAAAUUUAUCGUAGUUGCCGAAGAACAGCUGAAGCAAAAUUUUGUGGAAAAGUUAAAUGACUGGCAGGAUAUCAACGAUCAUGUUUUCACGUACGAGAUACAUUCUCUAACAUUUCCUGCAGCCAAUAAAGAUGAAUGGAAAAAGCUGUUCAAACCAUGUGCAGCACAGAGGCUUUUCUUACCGUCUUUGCUGUCUCAUAUCGACUCUGUAUUAUACGUCGAUUCGGAUACCGUUUUUCUUUCUCCGGUUCAUGAACUGUGGUCCAAGUUUCGUAGCUUUAAUGCAACGCAACUUGCCGGUAUGGCCCCAGAGCAUGAAGAUAAAAAUGCUGGUUGGUAUAACCGUUUUGCGCGGCAUCCAUACUAUGGAGAUUUGGGCGUUAACUCUGGCGUUAUGCUUAUGAAUCUCACCCGAAUGCGGAAAUUCCAGUGGGAACAGCACAUCAUGCCUAUAUACAAGGAAUAUCGGCUGAAGUUAGUGUGGGGUGAUCAGGACAUUAUAAAUAUCCUUUUCCAUCAUCAUCCGGAUCGGUUAUUCGUGUUUCCGUGCGAUUGGAACUAUCGGGCGGACCAUUGUAUGUACAUGAAUGUCUGCGAAGCUCCCGGUGGAGUCAAAAUUAUCCACGGAAACCGGGGCUAUUUUCAUUCAAUGGUGCAACCAAUUUUUAAUUUAAUUUACACUACAAUCGAGGAGUACGCUUUCCGAACAGAUGUUCAUUCUAACUUUAUUCGUACGAUCGAAGAUUCGUUAGUAUUGCCAAGCAAUUCAAAUUGUGAUAAACUGCUGGACAAGUUUUUGCAGGAUCCGAAGAAGUAUUUUAAGCAGAAUCAGUACCUUGAGGAUACAUAGCACGACCAGUGGCGGUGAUCAGCCUGAGGUUGGUGAGGGUAGAACGCAGUCAGAUAAAGAAAUGUUCGAUUAAUGAAUGAGUUGAUUAAUUGGAGAGCUGGUGAUCUUAGCGACGAAAGUAAACGGACAAAUCGGAAACAAUGAUUUCUGCAUUCAUUUACAAUGCACAGCAAUGACAAGAUUUAAAAACUCGCGUUAGUUUAUUUUUUUUUAUUAGCGAUAGUUUCAGUGGUUUAUAUUGUUUUCGAACAAUCGCUGCUGUGUUUAAAAGUAUUCCAAUCUAGUGUCUAGAGUGCUAGCGAUACUGUCAAUCAAAUGUUAGGUUUCAUCGAAAAUUUUAGUCAUUAGGUAGAUACUAAUGUAUAACUUCAUAUUGUAAUAUUUCUUGUGUAAAUAGAACUCAGUUUUUUUCAUUUUU